AUGAAUGUAAUCCUAAAUGCUCAGCCAAUGGCUAAUGUAUUGAUGGUGUUUGCUUUUGCAAGUACCCCUUUAUCGGUUAAGCAUGUACCAAAGUUAACACUUGAUCAGUUCUGCUAUAGAAGAGACGAUGACAUUGAAAACAAUAAUUCCAAAAUGACAAUAAAAUUUGGUGGUGCAGCUGCUCAUAAAUGA